GCCGGAGCGAAUUAGCAAAAGCAUCAUUCAGGAUCCAAUCAUCCAGAAAGACAAUACACAACUCAAGCAAAAUGAAAUUCGUAGUUUUGGCUCUUGCUCUCAUCGGCGCUGCCUCCGCUGGACUCAUCGCCCCAGCAGCCUACACCAGCUACUCUGCUCCAGUUGUAGCCGCUGGUCCAGUCGCUUAUUCAGCCCCUGCUAUUGCUGCUGCUCCACUUGCCUACUCUGCCCCAAUUGUUAAGCCAGUUGCCUAUGCUGCCCCAGCCGUUGCUGCUGCUCCAAUCGCCUACUCAGCCCCAGCUGUAGCUGCUGCCCCACUUGCCUACUCUGCUCCAGCUGUUGCUGCUCCAAUCGCCACUGGCUUCCACGCUGGAUAUGUCGCCCCAGCUGUCGACUACUGGAAGAAGAAGGCUGCUGCUUAAGUUGUGGAUUGUUUCUGACGGAUUGAUUUAAUGGCAAAAUAAACGAUUUGACUGACGAAA